AUGCGCGCGCCGCCGCCCAGGCGGCGGCGGUCGUCCCCUGCUGCCCCGGCGCCUUCUCCAUCCGCCGCCGUCAGCUCGCCGCCUUCUCCCUACGCGGCGUUCGCGUCGCUGGGCCCAGGUCCGGCGCCGGGUCCGGGUCCAGGUCCGGCGCCUGAGCCGUCUGCGGCGUUCGCGGGCGGCAGGCGCGGCGGAUCGAGCCUGAGCCCGCCGCUCAUUGCGAUGCUGGCGGUGGUGGGCGCGGCGCUGCUGGUGGUGCUGUACGCGCGGCUGGUGAGCCGCGUGUUCCGCGCGGCGCGGCGGCGGUGGCGGCGCCGGCGCCGCCUCCGGCUGCUGAUGAUCCCGGGGUCCUCCCCCUCGGCGCGCGGCGGCGGGGACGAUUCGUUCGCGUCCUUCACCACGUACGACAACUACUACCACACCUUCUCGCCCUACUACGGCCUGGACGACGCCGCCAUCAAGUCGCUCCCGUCGGCGCAGUACCUGGCCACCGGCGCCGGCGGCGCCGGCUCGUCGUCGUCGUCGGCGCGGGGCUCCGGCGCGUCGAGGGAGUGCGCGGUGUGCCUGCUGGAGUUCGCGGAUGGCGACGAGCUCCGCGCGCUGCCGCUGUGCGCGCACGCGUUCCACGCCGACUGCAUCGACGUGUGGCUCCGCGCGCACGCGUCCUGCCCGCUGUGCCGCGCCGCCGUCGCGCUCCCCCCGCCCGUGCCGUCGCCGCUCCACCGUGCCGCCGCGCGCCGGGUGCGGCCCAGCCUCGACGACCUCCUCUUCUUCCACCCGGUGCCGCCUGCUCAUGCUCCGGUGGCGGCGGCGGUGGGAGCGGGCGAGCAGCAGCAGCAGGCGGAGAUCGCGCCGGCCAGCCCGGACCAGCAGCUGGCGGUCGGCGCCAGGGACUUCCUGCUGAAGCGCUCCUACUCCUUCGGCUUCGAGCGCAGCCUCGCCAUGGUGGAGGCGGCGUCCACUGCGUCGCCUCCGUGGCGGUACCGCGUGUCCUCCGCCGCAGGCGCCGCGACCGACGGCGGGACCACCUCCCGGGGCCGCGGCUUCUGGAGCAAGCGCUGGCCGUCCCCGUUCGGCGGCGGCGGCGGCACGGGCGGGUCCGCGGCCGCACGCGUCUUCUCCUUCCGGUCGUACCGCGGCGGCGGCGGCGGCGCGGCGUGCAAGCCGUCCCCGUUCUCCCGCCGGUUCCGCGGCGGCGGGAGCGGCUUCUUCAUGUCGCUGGCGUCGGAGCCGCCCUCGAUCCUGGCCGCCGCGGCGAGGCGGAGCAGCCGCGCGGCCGCCGCGUCGAGCCGGCUCCGGUGCGGCGACCCCGAGGCGCUGCUCUCGCCGGACCGGCUGAGCUGCUGA